GGCGAUGGCCGGACAAGGCCGGUGGUAACACUCAGCAGGAUGGACAAGACCGAGUCGAUCUCCCGGUGUCCCGGGGAAUCCCAAGGAGGAGCCACCGACUCUCUCCGCCUCCCGGAUCAAUUUGCUUAUAUAUACUGUCUUCCACUCGCCCAAUGUAGCCUUUCAUGUCCUUUACCAGUCAACAACAACUUCCACCAAAGCCCUUUAAACCAGCUUCUCUUUCACAGCCUCGAAUCGGCGUGGAUUAUCUUCAUCAAAGACGACCACCGCCCACUCUCUACCACAAACAGUCCGUAAGACCGCCUCCUUACCCUCCUCUCCCGGUAUCGCCACGGCAGUCCACCAAACUUUCACUACCGCCACCACUUGUACCCUCCCGUCCACAUCCCCGGACCGUCUUUACCUCGAGCAAGCCUCAGCCGCUUCGUCUCGUUCAGGAGUCACUCAACUCGCGCAAGCGCAAACCACCUGUCUUUUACGCCCAGCACACACGGACUCUGGUUCAGUCCGUGACUUACAUUACUAUCCACCAGGACUCUUCUUCUUCUUUUUCUCCGACUGCUCCUUCCUACUCGCCAACCGCGACAACAACAACCUUCAAGAUGUCCAACGCCAACCCUACCAUGCCUAAGCUCGACGACAACAACACUGACGGCUCCUCCGUCGACUCCCGCGGCCGUCGCCGCCGCAGAAACAAGGGCGCCCUCCAGAAGCAGGGCGGUCUUGCCGGCCCUCAGACCCUUCCCCGUCUGGCCGACACCAAGCCCGUCCGUCUGCAGCUUGGCUUGAACCUUGAUGUCGAGCUCGAGCUGAAGGCCAGACUGCAGGGCGAUGUCUCGCUUACUCUUCUUCAAUAAAUGUUUAUCUCUUCGCCCCCCCAAUCCCUAAUCCCUAAACACCCCGUUUCUUUUCUCUCUCCCUCUCUUGUUCAUGACCAUCCCACCAUCUCUCUCUCUCUCCCUCUGCCAUAAGCCCAUGAACCCAACCACACCACACCUAUAUCUCAAAGAUUCCAAAGUCCAACAACAAGCAAAAACAAAAAAAAC